AUGGCGAAACGAAACAUCCUCCUCAUGAUCGCCGACGACCUGGGCAAACAACUAGGCUGCUACGGCAACACCAAGAUCCAAACACCUCACCUGGACCAACUCGCAGCAGAAGGAACAAAAUUCGAGCAAGCAUACACGAGCACGGCCUCUUGCAGCGCAAGCCGCUCAGUCAUCUACACGGGCCUACACACGCACCAGAACGGACAAUACGGGUUACACAACGGCCGUCACCACUUCACCACCUUCGACCACGUCGAGACGGCACCGGCCCUCUUCUCGAAGCACGGGUACAAGACCGGACUUAUUGGGAAGGUGCAUGUUGGGCCUUCAUCCGCGUACCCGUGGGACCUACGCGCUGAGAGCGAUAGUCGGGACGUUGCGGCGGUGGCGGAUCAGGCUUCUGCGUUCUUUGAGUCGAGCAAGGAGGAUGAGAUGCCUUUUUUCUUGACGAUAGGGUAUAUCGAUCCGCAUCGGGACCUUACGCGCUCUGGAUUUGGGAAUGUUGAGAGCUAUGACCCGCGCUUGAAGAAGACUGAGUACAAACCAGAGGAUGUGGCCGUUGAGCCAUUCAUAAAUGAUCUCCCUGGUGUGCGAUUCGAGUUCUCUGAGUACUACCAGUCCAUUUCGCGACUUGAUCAGGGCGUGGGGAUGGUCCUUGAGGGAUUGAAGAAGAGCGGAUUGAGCGAUGAUACCCUUGUCAUCUUCAUGAGUGAUAACGGGCCACCGUUCAUCAACUCUAAGACAACACUCUACGACGCCGGCGUGUGUCUACCACUCCUAAUAAAAUGCCCCGAUUCCCCAUCCGGCAUCGCAAAUCCAAACAUGGUUUCCUACAUUGAUAUUCUCCCGACGCUACUGGACUGGGCCGCCUACCCAACACCAACGCACCCAUCCCGAAUCGGGCGCUCCAUCUUGCCCAUCCUCGCGGAGAAGACACACCUCGAAGACUGGAGUCGCGUAUUCGGCUCUCAUACCUUCCAUGAAAUCACGAACUACUGGCCAACCCGCUUCAUGCGCAACCGCCAAUUCAAAUACCACCGCAACAUCGCCUGGCGUCUGGAUUUCCCCUUCGCGGCUGAUAUUUACGGCUCGUUCACCUGGGAGGAUAUCCGGAACUCGGAGUCGAAGAUGAUUGGGUCGCGGCCCUUGAAGGAUUAUUUCUUCCGUCCCGCUGAGGAACUUUAUGAUAUCCAGGUUGAUCCGCAUGAGGUGCGGAAUCUUGCUAAGGAGCCGGAGUAUAAGCAGGUGUUGGAUGAGAUGCGGGCGGCUGUUGAGGAGUGGCAGCGCCGGACGGAGGACCCUUGGUUGUAUCGGGAUGGGGUAUCGAUGCUUUUGGUUAAGCAUCAUCUUGAGGCGGGGCUUGAGGUGCCGGAUCGGUUUGAUUUUGAUGAGAAUGCGCCGCAGAGUAAGGGGUUGCCUAAGUUUGAUUCGAAGCUUGCUUGGGGGCCAGAGGUGGAAAAGUAA